AUAUGACUAGCCAAUCAAUGCUUUCGGUACGAAUUUAGUGUCGAGCGCAAACAAGAUGUAAAUAAUGUCGACCUAGAAAGUGAGUCAGUUUGUUGUGAGUUUUCAUAGUGAUUAGACGGCUCAACUGAAUGAGUGAGGAAAACUUAACUAUAGUCCAGGCUGCGGAAGAAACAGAUAUGAAAAAGAUGCCGACAGACAGACCUCAGAGGCGGGGCGGCAGGGGUCGACCCGGAAGGCGGGGCAAUAAAGUGGACGUGAAAGUGAAACUAGAAAGAAGCCGCCAGAGCGCACGUGAAUGCCGUGCGCGGAAAAAGCUGAGGUACCAGUAUCUUGAGGAUUUGGUCAGCAACAGAGAGCAAGCUAUCUUCAAACUGAGAGAAGAACUUGAAUUGUACAAACAGUACUGCAUAGAUCUUGACCAAGGAAAAAUCCCUGAGAAAUUAUUGAAAGGCUUAGCAAAUGCGAAGAGUAAAGGGGAAAAUUCGGAUCCGCAAUUUGUUCCCAUGACAACAGCAAACGACAGUGCAAUCGCAACCACAAAUGGCGAGGAACUCCAGGAAACAAAUGAGGAUGUGUACCGGCAUCCUAUCUCUGACAUUGGAUGUUUCAGCGGAGUUCCGACAACUAGAAAUCCUUCCAUAGACCUGUUUUCAUCAUUCGAACAUUCAUCAGGAGAUUGUCACGUGACGUAUUCAAACUAUGCCAAUUCAUUAUCAAGCAACCUUCACUAUCCUUCUGAAAUCCACGUCCAAGGACGAACUCUUUUGGACAGGCAGCUCGCAUCGGACAAUCGGUUAUCUUCCCUUGUUAGCUCAGAUUGUGAGGCGCAGAGACUUGCUGCAGAGAACAAGGAUUCAUUCACUAAUUCAACAGCUUUAGAAAGAUUUCAAGUGGCUGGAGGAAAUCUGGUUCCUCCAACUACGUCACAGAGCAUGAGCAAAUUGGGAGGAAACAUGUCGUUUAUGUCGCUGCUUCAGGAUUCGGGUGCGACCCAGGACGGUGAAAGUGACGUGUUCGUGGACGCUGGAUUUUCCAUACCCAUAGUGACGUCAGCGGACGGAAGUCCGUCGGUCGCUUUAGUGCCACACACGCCAGUACUUCCGACGAUUCUAGAGGAAAUGAAUAUUGAUACUUUGUGAAGAACUCCUGCAAUUAACCCGUGAUCUACAUUCUCAACAGUGCUACCAAAAAACUAAACAGUGAAUAUAGUGAGAGAAAUCCGAGACCUGAUUUGUUUUCAUUCUGGACUCCAGAAGUGUGAUUGUAUAAACUUGUUACGCAUACAAAGUAUGCCCUCGCCAUCGUUGUCAUUUCAUACUAAAGGCCAGUAUUUUUUUAUAAUGUGUGUAAAGUUAGUAAUGAUGUUAGUCAAAGACACUAAAGAUACGCAUAAUGUUAUAUAUAUAUAUAUUUAUAUUUAUAUAGAUCACCACACGUGUAGAUUGUUAUUUAUUUAGCUGGGUGCUAGUAACGUGGCUUCAUUGAAUGGACAAAUAUCAACAUGUUACUGUAAGCAAACAUUCCAUUUAAAACAAAUUACAACAGGUUGUUGAUUGUAUAUUUUAGUCACUUGUUAUAGUGUAAAUUAAUUUUACUUGCAGAAAAUCCUAAGUUUAUAACAAUUGUGAAAACGUCAGUAGCUAAUUACGUAUCUCAGCGCGUUAUAAGUACCUAACAUGUGUACUGGUAUACCACUGUGUUACAAUCAUGAGGUAUUAUCUACUCAGAAUUGAUUGUGUUGCAUUUAAUACUAUUCUAUUUUAACACUGGCAUGUAGUCAAUUGCAAAUGUUUUUACUUUUCCAAUAUUCAUGAUGGAAAUGGUGUACCAUUUUUAAUCUUCAGAACAGGCAGCAAACGCAUUUGACUCUAAAUACCGGUGUUUUGUCAUUGAUAUGACAUGACGUCAAAGGAUAAGUCGGGAUGGAACCAGUGCUUUCUUACAGAGAAAAAAAUAUAUCAAAUUUGCGCUUAUUUACGCACACAUUGUGGGUGAUUGUUUGAACACCAUUUGGAAAAUGUAUUGAAAUUACAAUGUUAUUUUGUAUUGAACAUGUUGUUUCUUUAUUGUUCUUUACAUGCAGAGCCACAUAUGUCCAUGCUAAUUGUUAUAUUGCUUAGAUACCUCUAUAUAUUCACCAUGCGGGUGUGGUUUUGUAUUUUUAUAAAUGGGAGAGUUUUACACAGUUUGCUGUUGCAAAUGCUUUUAUAUAUCCCAAAGUUGAUCCAAAACUUGAAAUCAAUUGUAUUAUAGGGCAGAUUAACACAUAUACAAUGUAAAAAUUUAUUUUAUAUUUCUUGCUGUUCUGUUUCAGUUAUUGUAUUAAUAAAUUCAAAAUAUGAAGUUUU